AUGGGUCUACCAGAGAAGAUCGAAACGCGUCUCUUUAUCAAUGGAGAAUUUGUCGAAUCAUCGAACGGAAAAACUUUUGACAUUAUCAAUCCAGCCACCUUGAAGCCUGUAGCAAAAGUACACGAGGCGUCUGAGCAAGACACCGACAAUGCCGUAGCAGCAGCAAAGGCUGCCUUUCCUGCUUGGUCUGAAAUGACUCCGGAGAAGAGAGGCUCGUAUUUCAAGAAAUUAGCAAGUCUAAUUCGAGAGAACAAUGAUGAAUUGGCUGCUUUGGAAGCAAGCUCGAUGGGCCGCCCGGUGGGUGAGUUUAUCGAUGCUUAUGCCUCUGCUGCAAAAUGGGACCGCUACGCAGAAGCGGGAUACAGUGUACAAGGCACUACGAGCAUCCAGACCCCGGGAUUCGUCAACAUGACAUUCCGCCAACCUUAUGGUGUUGUAGCUAGUAUCAUCCCGUGGAACGUGCCAUUAGUGUUUUUGGCAAACAAAUUAGCACCAGCCCUUAUUGUCGGAAACACUGUUGUCUUGAAGAGUUCUGAAAAGGCUCCAUUGACCUCUGCUAAAAUUGCUACUUUGGUACAACAAGCUGGCUUCCCUCCAGGUGUGAUAAACAUCAUUACUGGCUUCGGGAAUGUCAGCGGUUCGAUCCUGAGUCACCAUAUGGAUGUGCGAGCUUUGUCUUUUACAGGAUCGAGCCGUACAGGUCGACUGAUUCAAGCUGCUGCCGCAAAGUCCAAUCUCAAGCAGGUAUUCCUUGAGCUCGGAGGCAAGUCACCUGCGGUCAUCUUUGAAGAUGCCGAUCUGGAAAAAGCCGUGAAAGAAACAGCACAUAGCAUUCAGUGGAACAGCGGUCAGGUUUGCAUGGCCAAUUCGCGCAUAUACGUCCAGGAUACAGUUGCCGACAAGUAUAUCGACCUCUUCAAGCAGAACUUCGAGAAGGAGAUCAAGAUGGGUGACACCCUGGAGAAAGGCGUCAACCACGGCCCGCAAGCCGACGAGGCGCAACACAAGACAGUAUUGGCAUAUCUGGAAUCGGGAAAGCAAUCUGGCGGUGAACUCAUCACUGGUGGUGGCGCUCCAUCGGGUCGCGAGGGCUACUACAUCGAGCCUACUAUCUUCAAGAACACACCAGAAGACGCAAAGAUCAUGAAGGAAGAGAUCUUUGGUCCAGUCGUCAACAUCAACGUCUUCAAGUCCGAAGAUGAAGUACUUAGCAAAGCUAACGCGACAGAGUAUGGGCUGUAUGCAUCGGUGUACACUAAGGACAUCGAUCGUGCAAUGCGCUUUGCUAAAGGCUUAGAAGCUGGUACCGUUGGCGUCAAUUGUACUUCGCCAGUCACUGGCGUCGACAUGCCUUUCGGUGGAUACAAAUCAUCAGGAUCAGGACGUGAGGGCGACCCUUUAUAUUCUCUGGACAACUUUCUGGAGACAAAGAGUGUCUUGAUUAAGAUUUCUUAA